AUGGGCAAUUCCAUCUCUUACACCACCUCAGACUGUCACGUCAAUCUCCCAGACUCUGGAUCUCUCAAAGGUCUUCAGUUCGAUUCCAAGUCCCGUCGCUUCGCAGGCGUUCCCUACGCUCAACCUCCCGUUGGAGAUCUACGAUGGCGAAAGCCUCAGCCUUUUCCAAAAACACAUCAAUACGAAUCCUUAGAUGGUUCGCCUUUUGACGCAACACAUUUUGGACCUGUUUGUCCCCAGGCGAAUUACUCCAAGAACGUCAGCGAGCAUAUCCCUAAACAUGCAUACAGCGAGGACUGUCUUAGACUCAAUAUCUGGACUCCUGUGCCUGACCCGAACGAGCCGAAUAAGAGAUGGCCUGUCAUGGUCUGGUUCCAUGGCGGUUGGUUCCAGGUUGGAGAUCCAAGUCAAGAAGAGAGUAUGGAUCCUACCGAACUCAUCUCAACUGGCGGAUUACAAGCUGUGUUUGUAGCCGUUGGUUACAGACUCAAUGUCUUUGGCUUCCUUGCUGGCCAAUAUCUUCUUGAAGAGUCUAACGGAGAAGCUGUGGGGAACUAUGGUCUUUGGGAUCAGCGUCUCGCUAUGGACUGGGUAUUCGAGAACAUCUCUGCUUUUGGAGGCGACCCUGGCAACAUCAUCCUGGCGGGACGAAGUGCUGGAGCUUACUCUGUUCUUGCACAAGCACUCUAUGACUUCCGAGGCAAAGACUCGCAUGGUCGUUUUACAAGAAUGAUCAUGUACUCCAAUGCUAUUCCCACGCAGCCCAAGACUGUUCAAGACUGCGAGGAGCAGUUUGAUGAACUCUGCGAGUACUUCGGUAUACCUGCAGACACCAGUGGCGCAGAGAGGCUACGUUGUCUGAGAAGUAUCAAUGCUGAUGAUCUAUCUUCUGCUAUCAUGGAUCUUAAGAACCAUACUUUUCGUCCCGUUACAGACGACCUGUUCAUUCACUCGGGUAUCUUUGACUACUAUCGCGAUGGUUCAUUUGCGCACGAGUUCAAAAAACGCGGGCUCAAGCUCUACAUAGGAGAAGUUCUUGAUGAAGAUACUCUCUACGCCGUCACAAACCCUCCUGAUCCCAACAUCUCUUCUCUCGAGAUGCAAAUAUCCAAUUACUAUCCGCCUCACGUGACAGAUCGUCUCCUCAAGCAUUACACCCUUCCGCAAACAAAAGACAUAAAAGCAUGGCAGCAGAUCUUUGGGCGUAUCAUUGCCGAUGGCCAAGUCAGAGCUCCGUCAAGAUACCUGGUCGACAAUCUGGUGCGCAAUGGCGUUGACAUCAAAAGUGUUUGGAGAUAUCUCAUCGCAUAUCGCUUGUCGUUCAUAACGAAUGACGUUGCUCCAGCCUCGUUUGGUGUGAGCCAUGCUAUGGACAGGCCUAUAUGGAAUUACUCUAUUACUCAUGGACCGACGCCCGCGGAGAGGGAACUUAUGGAUGCGUGGAUAAGGGAUCUUAGGGCCUUUGUUCAUGAUGAAGAGGGAUACACAUAUGGCACCGAACUUACUACAGAGUACAAGGUUAUGCAACCGCGGGGAAGUAUUGCCAUUGAACAAGAUGGACGAUGGGAAGAGCUUCUACAGGUCAUGGAUAUCUUUAGCGCAUGA